GUGAUUAACUUAAUUAUCUCUGAAACAGCAAGCACAAAUUCUGAAGCACGAAAAAUGGAUUCAGUCCUGACUUACCUAAACACAACCACAAGCAUUGGAAUCCUUUCUCUUAUUAUCACCAUCUUAAUCUAUUUACUUUUGGUUCGUCCCUUCCAAGUUGGUGAUAAUAAUGAUAAUAAUAAGCAUAAAGAACCUCCUAUGGUGUCUGGUGCAUGGCCAAUAAUCGGUCACCUUCCACUCUUGCAUGGUACAAAGCCACUCCACAUAACUUUAGGUUCCAUGGCCGACAAAUAUGGACCCCUUUUCACCAUUAAAGUCGGAUCCAAAAGAGUUGUAGUACUAAGCAACUCAGAGAUGGCCAAAGAAUGCUUCACAAAAAACGACGUCGUUUCUUCCUCUCGUCCUAUCCUUAUUUCAUCUGAGAAUCUCGGAUACAAACGAGCUAUGUUCGCUUUCGCGCCGUACGGUUCAUACUGGCGCGAACUGCGAAAGAUUGUUACAUUAGAACUUCUCUCGAAUCGCCGCAUAGAGCUACUAAGUCACGUUCGUGUCUCCGAAGUUCAAGCUUCAACGAAAGAACUCCUUAAUCUUUGGUCCACUCAGAAGAAUGAAUCUGGAUACGUGUUAGUGGACAUAAAGAAAUGGUUUGCGGAAUUGACAUUCAACAUAGUUCUAAGAAUGAUUGCUGGGAAGAGAUUCUUUGGAGCCAUGAAUUCGGAGAGUGAGGAUAAGGCGAAUGAGUGUUUGAAAAGUUUAAAGGAAUCGUUGCGUCUUUUAGGAUUGUUCACUGUGGGAGAUGCUAUUCCUUCUCUAAGAUGGUUGGAUUUGGGGGGUCAUGAGAAGGCCAUGAAGAAAACUUCUAUGGAAUUGGACAGGUUUAUGAUUGAAUGGUUGGAUGAACAUCGCCAGAAAAAGAUGAAUUCCGAUGCAAGCAAUGAACGAGACUUCAUUGAUGUUAUGAUUUCGGUGCUUUCUGAUGCUAAGAUUCAUGCGUUUGAUGCUGAUACCGUAACCAAAGCCACAACGUUGGCAAUGAUUGCGGGUGGAACCGAUACUUCCACUGUUACUCUUACUUGGACGCUAUGUCUACUAUUAAACAAUCCUAGUAAAUUGGAAAAAGCAAAAGAAGAACUUGACAAGGAAAUUGGAAAAGAGAGAAACGUAAGUGAGUCAGAUAUAAAUAAAUUAAGAUAUCUUCAAGCUAUAGUGAAAGAGACACUAAGAUUAUAUCCACCGGCUCCUCUUGCUUCACCUCAUGAAAUUACAGAGAAUUGUACAUUAGGGGGAUACGAUAUUAAAAAAGGAACUUGGCUCCUGAUAAAUGUUUGGAAAAUCAACACGGACCCUUAUUUUUGGCCAAAUCACUUGGACUUCGAGCCAGAAAAAUUUCUCACUACUCACAAAGAGGUUGAUGUGAAGGGUCAACAUUACGAGUUGCUACCAUUUGGAUGUGGUAGACGAAUUUGUCCUGGAAUCUCAUUUGGCCUUGGAGUAAUUCAGUUUAUUUUGGCUAACUUGUUACACUCCUUUGAAAUCGUAAAUCCCUCUAAUGAACCUAUUGACAUGAGUGGAACCCUUGGACUUGUCCAUGCUAAAACUACUCCACUAAUGGUUAUGGUCAAACCUCGUUUAUCUUCUAAAUGCUAUAAAACCAUGUAAUAAUACAUGUAUGAACCUAGCUUUCCCAUGUGAUCCAUUAUGGUUAUGUACUUAUGUAUGUCGGAUCUAUCUCCUAAGUAAAAUACCAUGUACUUAUGUAUGUCGGAUCUAUCUCCUAAAUAAAAUAAUGUAAAUCAUUGU